UUUUUUAAACAUAGCCCGGAUAAUAACACACAUGGAAUUGCCACUCUGUUUAUCCAAUGCGUGAAAGUAAUAGGCAACCAACCGUCGAUAUUCACUGAGGAGUAUUUCUUUAUUUUCAUGAAAUAUAUAGAAAAAGCUGUUGCCAUGACGACAGACGAGGCGACAGAGCGACAGCAGCAAAAGAAGCCCAGCCAGCAGGAGGCAGAGCAGCAUCAGGCCACGCCCCCUGACCACGGGCCCUCUGAGUCCCAGGCUUCCAGCACUCCCGUCACCUCGCCCCUAAGCCCCGGCUCGCCCUCCUCACCCCAGGAGGAGGUGCAGCUGAGACCCCGCCAGCGCACCUCGGCCGACCGUGGCCUCUCGCGACUCUUCUCCUCUUUCCUGAAGAGGAGGUCUCAGUGCGAGGGGGACGGGGGAGAGAAGGGGGAGAAAGGAGGGGACGGGGGAGAAGCCAAGGCGCCAAUCGCUGACUGUGAGCCGGAGCUCAGGAUCGAGGGGGAUCAGAACCUCGACCUGCACUCACUCAGCAGCAACGAGGCUCAGCCUGUCCAGGUAGACCAGAAGGAAGACCCUGAGAAAGACUCGGAGGACGAGGGGGGAGAGAAAGACAAGGAGAAAAGAGAAGAGGACAGUGCCCAGGAGAAGGAGAAAAAGGAGGAGGACCCUGAGGGAGAGGGAGAAGGAAGAGAGGGCGAGGACGGGGAGGGAGAGAAAGGGUUAAAGGAGAAGAUAGCAGAAGAAGACGCUCAACCUCCUAAGCCUCCCCGUCGACCCAGGAUCAUGCAAAUUAAAGUUACACUCCUGGAUGACACUCUGUAUGAGUGUGAGCUGGAUAAACAUGCCAAAGGUGUGGAGCUGUUCACCAAGGUGUGUGACCACCUCAACCUGCUGGAGAGAGACUACUACGGCCUGGCCAUCUGGGAGUCGCCCUCCAUGAAGACCUGGAUGGAUUUCACCAAGGAGAUCCGCAGGCAGGUUCAAGGUGCAAAGUUAGACAAGAUCUGUGCAGACGCACAAUCAUGUACAGGCACCAAUUAUGACUUCACCUUCAAUGUGAAGUUCUAUCCUCCUGACCCAGCCCAGCUUUCUGAAGACAUCACCAGGUACUACCUGUGUCUCCAGCUACGUAAGGACAUCCUGGGGGGCCGUCUACCCUGCUCCUUUGUCACGCUGGCCCUUCUGGGUUCCUACGCACUGCAGUCCGAGCUGGGGGAGUACGACCCAGAGACACACGCACCAGACUACGCCAAGGACCUGAGGCUGGCCCCGGGACAAACCAAGGAGCUGGAGAAGAAAGUCAUGGAGCUGCAUAAGACAUACAGGUUGAUGAGUCCAGCACAAGCAGACAUGGCCUUUCUGGAGAACGCCAAGAAACUAGCCAUGUACGGAGUGGACCUGCACCAGGCCAAGGUAACGUAG